CGGCGGGAAAUGUUUUCCCGGGAAAGCGUGGCGCGGCGGGAGCGGGAGCGGUGUCGCCAUGGGCCCCGCGCGGGCUCGGGCAGCGGCGGCAGCCGGGGCGCUGCGGCGGAGCGGCGGGAGCGCGGCCCUGCCCCAGGGGCGGAGCAGGAAGGGCGCUUCACCCCACGGAGCGCCCGCUCCGCUGCCCGCCUGGCAUCUCUUCAGCGACCCCGCCGAGGUCGAGGCUCUGCGCGGAAACCUGCUUUCCUGGUACGACCGAUGCAAGCGGGAUCUUCCCUGGAGGGCACUGGCAGCAACGGAGCCAGAUGCCGACAGACGYGGAUAUGCAGUGUGGGUGUCCGAGAUCAUGCUCCAGCAGACACAGGUGGCUACAGUGAUUGACUACUACAACCGCUGGAUGCAGAAGUGGCCGACGCUGCAGGCUCUGGCACAGGCAUCCCUUGAGGAGGUGAACGAGCUGUGGGCCGGGCUUGGCUACUACUCCAGAGGGAAGCGUCUGCAGGAGGCAGCAAGGAAGGUGGUGUCUGAGCUGGCUGGGCRCAUGCCCAGGACGGCUGAGGAGCUGCAGAAGCUGCUGCCAGGCGUGGGCCGAUACACGGCAGGAGCCAUCGCGUCCAUCUCGUACGGACAGGCUACCGGAGUUGUGGAUGGGAACGUGAUCCGGGUCCUGUGCCGCCUGCGAUGCAUCGGUGCCGACUCCAGCAGCCCGGCUGUCAUCGACCGGCUCUGGGACUUGGCCAAUGUCCUGGUGGACAGGAGUCGCCCAGGGGAUUUCAACCAAGCCCUGAUGGAGCUGGGGGCAACUGUGUGUGUGCCCAAGGCCCCGCUGUGCGGGGAGUGCCCGGUGAAGCAGCACUGCCGAGCACGCUGCAGGGUGGAGAAGGAGCUGGCCUUUGCCUCUCAGAAGCUGUUUGGAAAGCCCUCCCCAGUGCCCGAUGUUGAGGACUGUGGUGUUGGGGACUGUCCCCUGUGUCCCCCAGCCACGGAGCCAUGGGACAGCAGCCUGGGGGUGACCAACUUUCCCCGGAAAGCAGCGAAGAAGGCGCCGCGGGUGAUGCGAACGGCCACGUGUGUGCUGGAGCGGAGGGGCUGCCACGGGGCCCUGGAAUAUCUCAUUGUGCAGAGACCCAGCUCAGGUCUCCUGGCUGGACUCUGGGAGUUCCCAAGUGUCCCACUGGCUCAAGAUCUGCAGGAGAAGAAGGAGAGGGAGGUGCUGGCCGAUCACCUCCAGGUGUGGAUGGGGCAGCCUGUGGCAACCAAAGGCCUGUGCUUUAUUGGAGAGGUCAUCCACAUCUUCUCCCACAUCCACCAGACCUAUGUGGUCUACUCCCUGUCCCUGGAUGGAGAUGUGACUGUGGACCCUGCCUUGUCCCCAUCCCGCUGGGUGACAGAGGACGAGUUCCAUGCUUCAGCUGUGUCCACAGCCAUGAAGAAGGUGCUGAAAGCUCAUGAGAAGCAGCGCAGGAAGGAGAGCAGCCCUGCCAAGGGCUCCAAGCGGAAGCAGAGGCCAAGAGCACAGGGAGCAGGCAACACCUGCCCUGGGACACAGCUCUCCCUCCGUGCCUUUCUCCAGGCACCGACUGCCCCGUGACGGCACCUUCCUCAUGUGGGACACCAGAGCCCCACACUGGGGCCAGUCCUGCCUGUGACAUGGGAAUGGUGGCCCUGUGCUGCUGUGAGCCCAGGACACAGCACUGUAACACUGCUCUUCCCCUGGGAGUUGUGCCUGGAUGUAGCCACUGGCCCUGGAUUAAUCCUGGAGCCAGGCCUGCCCUCCCUCCUUGUCUGGAACCCRCCCGGGGCUGUUCAGCUCUGCACUGGCACCACUUUGGCACCAUGGACUCGGAGCACCAGGGCUUCCUCCAGCAGUGGCCACAUUGGUCCCUCAGCCCUGUCCCCUUCUUGCAUCUCAUCCCCCAGCAAGCGACUGGGGAUGCUGCUGUACCCUCCCUURUUUUUUUACUGGACCUAAUAAUAAAUCUGAAGUGUGUGAGGUUUUUUU